CAGACCUUAGUGACAGUGUGAAAAACAUCACUUACUUUUUUAUUACAGCCAGAUACGGAACUCACAGACACUUUCACAAACACUUAACCGACGCAAUGAGAGAACUACAUUUUAAAGACAACUUUUGGAAUGUUGAUAUUACCAGCACAGCAGGAUACGACAGCAUUAUACAGCACCUAAAUGAUGGAAAAAGGACGUGCAAAGAAAUCGAGGACUUUAUGAAAGCCAGAGCUGCUAUAGAGGAGAAAUAUGCCAAGGAGCUCCUGGGUUUGUCCAAGAAAGUGUGUGGACAUUGUGAAAUGAACACCCUGAAACGAUCGCUCGACGUUUUCAAAUUGCAAACAGAAAAUGUGAGUUUGUCUCAUCUCCAUUUGGCCCAAACCAUGAGAGAAGAAGCCAAAAAAUUAGAAGAUUUCAGAGAGAAACAAAAGGAGACCCGAAAGAAGGUAGAGCAGCAAAUGGAUGCUCUUCACAAGCAGAAGGUGGCCCAAUACAAGAAAACCGCUGAAGCGAAGAAGACCUAUGAGCAAAAGUGUCGAGAUAAAGAGGAAGCAGAACAGAACAUGAACAGAAACGCCACCACCAGCAGUUCCAAGCAGCAGGAGAAGCUGUAUGCCAAAACACAACAAGCCAAGCAGGCCGCAGAGGAAUCGGACAGAAUAUACAGUCAUAAUGUGUCUACGUUGGCGAAGAUUAGAGAGGAAUGGUUGAACGAGCAUGUCAAAGCAUGCGAGUUCUUUGAAAAACAGGAAUUAGAGAGGAUCAACAGCUUGAGGAAUGUAGUGUGGAUUCAUCUCAACCAUCUCUCUCAGCAGUGUGUCACCAGCGAUGAGCUCUAUGAGGAAGUGAGAAAGUCACUGGAACAGUGUAACAUUCAAGAAGACAUCGAGCAUUUUAUCAACCUCAGAAGAACCGGCGACAAACCACCAGCACCCAUUGCAUACGAGAACUUCUACAACAAUCAGAGAACAGCUCCUGCCCGACCGGCUACAACAGCUAUCAGGAGGGCGGGCGUACCUCCACCACCAACUGCAGGAGACGAUCCAUUAUAUUCAAGUGUAGAGCCUGGCUACAGCCUAAUACGAUACUAAUAGGAGCACAACCUGCGUUGUAGGCCCGUCUGCAGCUCAGCAUGGAUGCAGUUAAGGCUUUGCGACUCAAUAUUUCACAGAGAGCUAACAGAGCACAUUGAGUAAUGCUGAAUCCAGCAUCCUUAUGUCUGGUGGUCACAACAUACUUCAGUCUGGUAUGAAGGGGUGUGCCUAACCCUGGAUGAAAAAACUUGUGUAAAUAUGUUUUGAAGUGACCUUUAAUACUGAAUGUUCUCACUACAUUGAUGACAUCACAAAAACAAUAAUGUAUAAAUUGCUGUCUUUAUUUACAGAUUGACUUAGGCACAUAUUAAGACAGAAGUGUGUGAUUUCUGCAUCACUGGUGGAACCAAACUGAACUGUUUUUCAUCAAGAUGCUAUUUAACUGUGAUUUUUGCCAGCGUUUCUGAAAUAUUUGUCUCUCCCAUUCAAGUAGAUAGGACUGUGGUCUUGCUAUGACUGAAAUAGCUGCCCGGAGGCGUUGCAAACAUGCCCACCGAGUGGCACGACUUGCUAAAACGUACUUUGGCUUUAGGUCGGGACUUCCUGUUUGUCCAAACAAUGGAAAAUGUAGGAAUCGUCAUUAUUUUUACAGUUUGGUGCUGCUAGCGGCACAGAAAUCACACACAGCAACUUUACAAAGGCUACAAAAUAUAACUUAUUUAUAGUGUCAUUACAGUCUUGCACCACUGGAUUCAUUGCAUUAAUAAAUGUAUUAUUUAAACUU